AUCUCCGAGCAAGCCAGGAGAGCCAUGGAGGGGUCAGUCGGUCCCUUUUCAACCCCAGGUCAACAGCCGUCCGGCAAACAUGGUGUAAUACUGUUUCAGGAUCUGAAGAUCCCUGGCGCUUUCUGCCUUGCCAUUAGGUUUUAGGGAUUGGGGACUGCAUGCCCAGCGCUAGAAAAUGACCAACCCUCGACGACUCGGGAUUUCAUGGCGGCGAAGGUACUGGAACCCUCGUUGCUUGUGACCUCGGGAAUCGCUCAAUCACGAUGCGGAGUCGAAAUGAAGGACCAGGGGAAAAGCGCGCAGGACGGAAUGAAUAGGGCGCAAAAGAACCCGGGCAACAGGGACCGUGAGGCUGGUCGCAUGGGCGAUUGGGAUGGUGGUUUUGCGCAUCGCCAUUUGCCUCCCCCUCCUCCGACUACUUCCGUUUCUUUUUCUGUCUCUUCUUUUCCCUGGUUGUUUUCCUUUUCCUUUGCCUUUUUUCCCUUCAAAAAUCCCAACUCUUACUUGCUACCCUGCUGAUCGUUUGUCCCGACUUCGUAUUGCAGGCCCCAGCCGCAAUGGAUGGGGGCUAUGCAAGAGACACCCUCGAGAUGAAUAAAAAAGCAAGGCCGCCGCCAUG